GAGAUGACCCGGAGGAUCUCAAACAUAUCGCCAGCCUGUUGCUGGAAGCUAAAUAUCAAAUACAAGUCUUUGCCAAGCUGAUAGGCUGCUGAUAUCCGUUGUUGGAUUGGUGUGACAAGAUGUUAUGUCAUUCAAUGAAAGUUUGAAGUAAGCUAAACGCUCCACUUACAUAUGACAAAAGCUUGUAAUAUUUACAUUACAUCCAAUUUUUACAUAGGCUAUAAAUUAUAUAUUACUGAAUACAAGGCGGCUAGAAACCACCCACGGGACAAUGAGCUCCUUACGUGUACACUGUUUGGUAUACACGGGGAUAACGUCAGAGAGCUGAUGGUGUAACUCCACCUGUAUAGAGCUCGGUCAGCACCCCGUGUGGUAAUGCUCUAGCUGGGCCCUGGCCAAAAUACUCUACCCCAGCUGACAUGGACAGGAUCACAAUCAACGUCGCGGGGAAGAAAUUUGUCACUUAUUGGAAAACCAUUCAAAAACUUCCAAAGACAAGGCUCGGUCGAUUGACUCAAAGUUCGCCUGAAUAUGACCCCGACAUAAAUGAGUUCUUCUUUGACAGAGACCCGAAGGUGGUGAACUCGAUCCUGAACCUGUAUAGGACUCGCGAGCUGCACCUACCGUCUACCAUGUGUGGCCUAGCCCUCAAACAGGAACUCGAGUUCUGGGACAUCCCGGAGGAGAUGAUCUCCGAAUGUUGCUGGAAUAAAUACACCGAACAAAUGCAAGAGACACAAAUUUUGAACAUUUUGGAUAAAACAUUGGGAGAAAAUGGCACUUCCUCGGAGACUCACCCAUCUUGGAAAGAGAAAAUUUGGCUGACGAUGGAGAAACCGUUCUACUCCCAGACCGCCAAGGUAUGGAACCUCAUCUAUCUCAUCUUCGUCCUGCUGGCCAUAGUAGUGUUCACCCUGUCUUCAGUCCGGGAACUGCGGGUAGAGAGGCCAAACACCAACAGCACCAACACAACCGGCCCCUACCAGAGUUUUCGUACCCUCUUAGAGAGUGACUCCCACGUCAUUCUGUUCUACCUGGACGUGUCGUGUAUCGUAUUCUUCACCCUCGAGCUGCCCCUCCGGUUCGUGGUCUCACCAAGCAAGAAGACCUUCUUCCGCUCCUUCAUGAACCUGGUCGACCUUGCACUUGUCUUCAUAAUGUGGGGCUCAUUCUUUCUUGACGAGAUUGUAUUGAAAAACAACCAAUCACAGGAGGUCACUAUCAUCGUCAUUGUCCUCCGGAGUUUACUCUCUCUGCGAAUAUUACGUAUAUUCCACAUAGCACGCAGGUUUGACAGCAUGAAGGUACUGUUUCUCACUUACAAGGCAAGCAUCAAAGAAAUCUUCAUGUUGUUCACUGUGUUGAUUAUUGCCAUCAACAUAUUUGGAACACUGGCCUAUUUUGCUGAGGUGUUAGCAGAAACAAACACGUUUGAAAACAUCCCGGUUGCUCUGUGGUGGGCCAUAAUCACCAUGACGACUGUAGGGUACGGCGAUUAUUACCCGGAGUCCAUCCCAGGCUAUGUAGUUGGUAUCAUAUGUGCCCUGUCAGGGCUUGUGACGCUCUCCAUGCCCAUUGCAAUCAUUGCCACAAACUUCAGUGCCUACUACUCUUGCCUACCUGCAAGGAAACAGCGCCAUCGGAGAUGUGCCUACAUGCGUAGACACGGGGAUACAUUUGAAGUGAUGCGAGUUGAGAGUUACGAGGGUGCACACCAGACGGAAGGUGAGGUGAAGAGCAACGUUGCAAACGGAUCAAGUGUGACUACAGCUGGAAAUACUGCCGAUGAUAGUGGAUGUUCGUCCACUCACUUUUAAAAGUUUCAAGUUGAACAUAAUAGAUCCGCUGUUUACCCAUUUGAGUGCUCGUGAGAUCCGAUGUGAACUGCGGGACUGUUGCUUGUUCUUUCCACCCCGUCGCCCCCCUCCUCUCGGAAACACUUCCCUCUGGUGCCUGCCAUGAAUACAGAACGACUGACCACAUGUGUUUUUCCAUUGUGUUGAGUGAAAGUUUAUUGAACGUUGUGAUUGCCAUAAGGAGAUGGAUACACGCAUAUAUUUCAAAGGAAAGAACGUUAUUUACUUCCGACUUUUAAACCACGUGUACAAACAUGCAUCAGCUCACAAGAUACAGAUUGUUCCUUGUUUCACUGCUCACCCUUUUUGUGCAAUAUGUUUUAAAUAUUGUUCCAAUGUCUAUGCACGCACGAUUGCAAUGGUUGUGAUAAAUGUUUUAUUUCACUA